UUAAUAGUUUCACUCGUCAUCAUUCGAAGAGCAAGCCAAGCCUGAAAGCCGUUAUCUGCCUGGAUUCGUGUGUUGUGAAAAAGUGAAAGCAUCAUGGAUGCAACAUUGUGCUCGAACACGGUCAACCAGUUUGCUGUUGUAAAAUUUGUCAAAUCCAACACAGUGGAUGCUGUGCCAACGAACUGGCUAGAGACAACUGAAAAGACUGUGUUUUGCUACUGGCCGCAGAAGAACGUGACUGCCAAAAUCAAAAGGAGAGAGAUACCUGACAAAACACGUUGGGCCAAAUGCAAAGUCACAGUUUUAACAUACACAGACAGCUACAGCAAGGCUAGAGACAAGGUCAACCAAGCAACAGUGACCUCAAAUUUGGAAAGUGACCUGGAAGAAGAAGCAGGCAGGAAGAUUGUCACACCUGCUCGGUACCUCGACUCAGAUACAGAUAUAGAUGAGCCUUUUGCCAAGAGAUUGAAGAAAAAGACUGCCACAUCUGCCACAAUUACUCCCCAGACUCCACAGAUGCCAAACAUGCCUUCCUUCACCCCAUCAAUGGAUUUCUUUUCAGCCAGACACAACGAGGACAGCCCCACUUUGCUAAAAAAUGUGGCUGUGACCUCAACAAGGACUAUGUUACAGAGCAGUGACAAAGGUCCUUCUAUGACCAGCACUCCGAAUACAACUUCAAACACUCAGACUUUGCUCACAAAUUUAGAUGUGACCUCAACCAGGACUAUGUUACAGAGCAGUGACCAAGGUCCUUCUUUGACCAGCACUCCGAAUACAACUUCAAACACUCAGAAUGAUUCUUGUAUACCAGCAUAUGUGAGGGCCAUCUUUAUUAAACUGGACAAGAUCGAACUCUCUCUAGAGACCAUUCAGUCCAUUUUAACCAAAAACAUGGGUUCUGAUGACCCUGAAAUUGAAGAGCUGACCAGGUCACUACAGACUCCAGCCCAACUUGAAGAAGCUUCUGACAAGCUAAAGGACACAGCUCACAGAAAGAAAGUGGUUGAUUAUCUGUCACUGCUGGGUGGUAAAUCUCCUGGUGACUCUGUACGACGGAUAAUGCGAAAAAUUGGAACAAAUGCUCUUUGGGCCAAUUACAGUUUGAAGGGUCGAAAGGGGAAAAGAAAUUUUCAGGACCUGGCUAUAUAUCCCAUCAUAAUCCAGGCCUGCCAGAAGAUCCACCCCACGACUCUUCAAAAAACGAUUGAGAACUGUGUAGCGGAUACAUUACGAUAUGCUCCACACAGAAUCACUCAGGUUGGAGGACCAUCCAUGGAUAGUGAAGAACAUGCAGCAGCAGCUCCAGAGGGGAGCGGCAUGCUUGAAUCUGCUGACUAGCCAAAUCCUUUUUUUUUAUCAUGUUGAAGACCAGAAAUGUUUAAAAAUGUUCAGAUUUAAGCAGUUCUAUUAGAUUUUUUAUUUAGUUAAUUUAUCCUAUGAACAUGCAGCAGCAGCUCCAGAGGGGAGCGGCUUGCUUGAAGGGAGCGGCUUGCUUGAAUCUGCUAACUGGACAAAUCUUUUUUUUUUAUCAUGUUGAAGACCACCAAUGUGUAAAA